GUGCCCCAGCCUAGCAAGGCACCCAAGAGACGAAUCGCCGCCAGCACCGUCCACAUCGGAACCCUGACCCAGGAUGCGCCGCUCGCGCACAAGCGCAAUCGGAAACGUCCCACUGCCGUGCCGAAGCAGCGCCGCGCCGGACAGCCGAUCCGACUUCCCGACCGCAACCUCGUCCACGCCAAGCAGGAAGUUACCAGCCAGUGGGAUAUCGCCGAGCUCCGACGUGUUGAACGCGCGAACGUGGAUUUAGUGGUAUAUUGGACUCGCCAGGAGUUGCUGUCCUCUCUGGCCCCUGAAGCAGCCGACGCGCCUCGCCUCGCGGAUCAGCUGGGGAACAAGAUGGACCGUGAGUCCGCUGACAACUCCAGUCUCACGCACAUCUGGCUUUGUAUCGAUGGCUGGAAGGGAAUCCAGAUGGCCUACUUGGCGUACCAGCAGCAGGGCCCUGUUGUGGGUGGCAUACACGUGUUUUCUCGGUUCAACUUCACAGCCGCUGCAUACUUGGCUGAUUCUUUCUGUGACGAUACAUCCGGACCCCAGAGAGAAUAG